AUGAUAUGUGUUCAAACUGCCCACAGUAGUAAUCAAGUGAACUUUUUAAUAAAAGGUAAAUUUAUAAAAAAUAAUGAAAAUAACUUCCUUGUUGCAGCUAAGGAUACGUACUUAGAAUUAUUAGAAUGUGAUUAUGAAAGCACAAUAUACACCCAAAAUACAUUUUUAAAAAUAAUAUUUUUACAAAUACUUGAAAAUAAAAAUCAAGAUCGAUUCAUUAUAGCUGAUGAAAAACUAAAUUUUAGAAUUUUAGAAUUCAGUGGCAGUUUUGUAGAAUAUUGUUUCAUUGGUAACUUUUUUUUAGAUAAAUUAAAUAUUUUUCAAGAAUACUUUAAAUUGAAAAAGGGUGAAAAUGAAAGAAAUAUAGAAGAAUAUUACAAAUAUAUUAAUAUAUGCAAUAUAAAAAAUUUUUUUUUAAUAUCUAUUGAAAAUUUUCUGUUUUUUAGAAAAAUUGAAAACAACAUAAUAAAUAAAAAUAUCGAAGAUUAUUGUUUAAAUUAUAAAUUUGAAAAAAAAUGUGUUUCAAAUUUCAAAAAUUUUAAAAUUUUUUAUGACCCUUUGAAAUUAAAAUAUUCGAUAAUUUAUGUUAAUGAAAAAGGAAGAAGAAAAAAAAAAAAUUUAUAUUUUUCUUUUAAAGAAUAUAGUGCAUAUAUAUAUAAAGUAAAAAGAAAGAAUUUAUUUUCAAGGAUCAAUAAGAAAAAACUAAACAAAAAUCAUAUUUUAAUUAACAAAAACAAAUAUCCUAUUAACCUGAAAAAAGAAAUAAUAGAAAAAAAUAACAAGAAAGAAUGUUCUUAUUUUAAAUUUUGUAAAAAUAUAACAUUUAUGAUUUAUUUAAGUUGUCCUUAUAAUCAUGUAUAUUUUAAAGAAGGCAAUUUUCAUAAAAAAUAUAACUAUAAAAGGCUUGAAAACGAAAAUAAAAAAGAUGUAAAGGAAAAGAUAUAUUCAAAUAAAAAAUUAAAAAAAUAUUUAAGUGAAUCUGUAUCUCAAAAUGUAAAUAAAAAUUUAAUUAAAAACGUCAACAAAAAUGACAAAAACAACAUAAAUAAAGUUAUGAAGAUAUAUAAUUGUCUAUAUUCAUAUUCAAAAGAAUUCAUUUUACAAGAUGUUAAAAAUAAUUGCAUAACUUAUUUUUUUGAUAAAACUAAUUUAUAUUGUAAUAAGAAUGAUAUUUCUAAAAAUAAAAAUCAUAAAUUUAUUAUAAAUAACACCCUUUAUAAUAGUGACUAUUCAAAUAUUAAUACAUUAAAUAAUAAUGAUAAAGAAUUGUUACAUGUUAAUAAAUGUGAAAGUGAAAAUAAAAACAUAUAUAAUCAAAACUUCAUGAAUGUAGAAAUGUUCAAUAUAAAUAAAGAUUAUAUGGGGAAUAUUAAAAAAAAAAAAAAUUUAUAUUAUUACAAUGAAUUUGAAAAUUGCUUAAAUAUAAAAAUUUGUUUUUUUAUUUACUUUUUAAAAAAUGAAAAUAAUUAUUAUAAUUUUAUUAAAAACAUCUUAUUUCUUAAUGAAAAAGAAGAAGAAGAAAUAAUUAACUUAAAAGAUAACUUACAAAAAACAAUCUUCUUUGGAGAAGAAGAUUUACAAUUUCUAAAAAAAUUCAAUAAAAAUUAUUACCUUAAUCUUAAAUUUUUAAAAUGGGUUUACCUUAAAUGUAAAUCAAGAAUCAAUAAUUAUUUCUCAUGUGAUAAGUUAGAAUUAUUAGAUAAAGAUGAAAAUCAUAAUUUUGAUACUUGUCUUAUAUGUACAUAUUUCUUCAAUAAAUUUUUUUUUUUUAAAAAGGAUUUUACAUAUUUAAACAUCUUUCAAAAAAAUUUUUUGUUUAAUAAAAAGUCAAGUUUAAAUUUAGAACAACAAUAUAACUUAAAUUUAUUAUUUCAAAUAUAUAUUAGAAUGAAAUUAUUAUUAUUCUGUUUUAUUUUGUUAUUUUGUUCAUAUCAUAAAACGUUAAAUAACUCUAUUGUUUAUUUAUACAGAGUAAAAAACAAGCAUAAAAUAUUAUAUGAGUUAUCCGUUCAUAUAUAUUUUUUGAAUAUUUUUAUCUUUCACAUUUUAAAGUUUCUUUUUGAUAAUAGUUAUAUGUAUUCUGAAUACUCAAAACAAAAUGAUUUCAAUAAAGAUUUUUGCAGUUAUACAAAUAAUCUAAAUAUUGAUAAAAAUGAUGCAAGUAAUAUAAAUUAUAUUAAUAAAAAUAUAUUUGAUAUAAGUGAGAAAUUUUAUUUAAUAAAUAAAAAAUUGUGCUUCUUAAAUGAAAAAAUAUUUAAUGAAAGUUCUUCGAAGAAGCGUAUAUUUAACUCAUUGAACAAAGAGUCUAAAUUGUUAAACAACAGUAUACCAUCAAAUAAUAAAUAUAAUAACGUACAGAAAGAAAAUAAUUUAUCCUAUUAUUAUCAUAAAUUAGAAAAAAUAAUAAAAAAUAUAAUGAAUUUGCAGCAUAUAGCUACUAAAUUAUUAGAAGAAAUGAAAUUUGAUUAUUUAAAUUUUCGUGAAAAAAUAUUAUUAAAUAAAUUUAAAAACAAAGACGAUCAAAGAAGUAACAUUAUUCUAAUAGUUUCCAACAAUAAUAAUGCAGGAAAUGUUUUGUUUUUUAAACAAAAUAGGAAAAAAAACAUAAUGUUAAAUAACUUAUUAAUACCUAUAGCUAAAUUGACAUUACCAUUAGAGGUAUAUAAAAUUGAAAGAGUUUUAAAUAAUUUAUUUUUUUUAUUUACAAAAAAAGUGAUAUUUUUAUUUAGUUUUUCUGAUAUUUAUGAUGUAAAUUUAACUUUAAUAAAUUAUUACCUUUAUUAUUUAAAUGAUAUUCAUUAUAUAUAUGAAUUAGAAUUAAUUAAAAUUGCAAAGGAGAAAAAUACAUAUAAAGAAAUUAAAUCAAAUAUAUUAUUAGCAGAUUAUUUUACCAAAACAUAUAAUAUGAAUCAUUUUAAUAAUUUCUCAAAUGAAAAAUGGUAUAACUUUUAUAUUAAAGAAAAUAUGAAAAAUCAAUAUUUCCUUUUUAAAAAAAAUUACAUUAACUCUUAUCAAAAUUUUAGAGAUUUAAAAGGUAUUCCAUUCGUUGAUAGUUUUUACUCCUAUAUGUUUAAUUAUCAUUAUAAAUAUAAAAUGUUUAUGAAAAAAUAUCGAUACGCAUAUACAUGUUCUGCAUGUGAUAGGAGUAACUUGUUCUAUGAAAAUGAAAAUAAUAAUAAUGAAGAUUUUUUAAUAGAAAAAAGAAUAAAAAAAGAUAUGAAGGAUAAAAAAAAUAAAAAGAAAGAUGAAAACAGUGGUGAAAAUAACAGUCAUACAAAAAAAAAAGGAAAAUCAAUUUAUAAAAAUAAUGUAGAGAAUAAGAAUAAAAAGUAUGGUGUCAUUUCAAAUACGGAAAACUUGUUACUAUCGUUUGAAAUUAGUAAAAAUUCAUUUAAUGAAGUAUAUAAGAAAAAUAAAUAUUUAUUUUUUUAUCAUCCGAAUAAUUCAGAAUGUAAAAAAAAAAAAAAGAAUAAAGAAAAAAUGAUACGUAAUAGAUUAUCUUCACAAAAUGAUUCUUUUUCUGAAAUGAAGAAUAAUGAUAAUUUCAAUAUAAGAAAAAAGGAAGUAAAUUUUAAUUAUUUGAAUAAUGAAAAUAUUAAAACAGAUUUUAAUUAUAAUAUUAAAAAGGAAAUGAAAAAUUAUAAUUUUCGAAAAACGGAAGAAUAUGUUGAAUAUUUAAAUAAUAUAGUAGUACCAUUAGAUAAUGAAAAAACAAAUACACAUUCUUUAUUUAAUUUUUUUAGUAAAAAAUAUUUAAUAAUUGAUAAAUAUAGAAAAGAAAUGUAUUUAUUAAUAAUUAUAUAUGAUUAUUACAACAACAAAGUAUUAAUAUAUAAAAAUGAUUUUAAGAACAAUGAUAAUUAUUUCGUAAAUGUGUGUUGUUGUUCAAAUAUUAUAUGUGUAAAUAAUAACAAUUCAAAAAAAGAAAAAAAAAAAUCAUCCAAUAUUUUGUUAAAUAUUUUUAAUGAAAAAAAUACUUAUUUUAAGAAUAUUCAUGAAGUUGAGGAAGUAACUAAUUACAUUUUAGAAUUAAAGAAGAAAAGUAGUGAUGAAUUAUUCUUAAUUAAAUUAAAUAUAUUUAUACAAAAUAAGCAUAAAUAUAUCUUUUUAAAUCAUAGAGAUCAUUAUUAUAGUUAUAACAAACUAAAAACAAUUAAAGAUUAUAAAUAUAAAUCAAAAGUGAUAAAUAAUUAUUCUAAUAAUCUUGCAAGUAAUAUGUUUUUUAAAUUACAGCAGCUCCAAAAUGAUUCAAUAAAAUCAAUAGACCAAUUAAAAUCUGAAAAUUGUGAUAUCUUUGAUAUAAAAAAAUUGAAAACCAAAUUAUUAGAUAAACUAAUUAUUUUAGAUAAAGAAAAUUAUUCUCAUAAAAUAAUUGCUGGUUAUAAUAUAAUUUUAUGCAAAAAAAAUAUAAAUUUUAAUAAUUCAUAUAGUAAGUUUUUUUUUAUUAAUUUUAAUAAAAAGUUUAACAUUCUUUGUAUAUCUAAUUAUAUUCAAUCAACAUAUAUUCUCAUUUUAAGUAAAAAUAUACAUAGUUUUUUUGAAGAUUCAGUCUCUAUAAUAAAUUCUUUACAGAAAGGAAAUAAAGUGAAUAAUUGUGAAAUACGAAUAAAAGAAAAACUAAAUGAAAGAAAGAAAAUAAUACUCAAUAACAAAAAUAAAUUUAAUAAAAGACAAAAUAAAAAAAAUAAAAAAUCAAUAUUCCAUAUAAUUAAUGAAAUGGAAAUGCAAAAAUUAAAUUUUGUAACAUCAUACAUUUUGUUUGCAAGAUGUAUAUAUAAAAAUGAAAAUGAAUGUUAUGUUUUAUUAUUAAAUAAAACAAAAAUAAUUAUAAACAAAUAUAUAUUAAAAAGUAACUCAAUUUCUAUAAAUUUAGAAGAUUUCUUUGAAUUAAAUCUUAGCAGUACUAUUUUAUAUUAUCAUUUUGAAAAGAAUUUUCUUAUAAUAUCAUAUAUAAACAAGUUAAUUCAAAUAUUUUAUAUAGAUAUAAUUAAUAAUCUAUUUUUUAUAGUGGAUUCUUUUUAUUUUUCUGACACUAUAUAUUCUUUAUAUUUAUAUACUAAUUACGAAUUUUCAUUAAAUAAAAAUUUAAAAUUAAUUCCAUAUAUAUUAGUUUGCAUUGGUUUAGAAAGAUAUUGUAAAAUGAUCGUUUACUAUUUAAAUUUUAAUAAUUUACAUAAUAUUUAUCCAUCUAUAUUAUUAACCCAUAAAUCGUUAAAUGUAACUGUUGAUAAUAAUGCUAAUAAUUAUAAUAAUGAUAUUAAUAAUAAUUAUACUAAAAAUAAAAUGAGAUAUUUUCUACUUUUUAAAAAUAAUUUUUCAAAAAAAGACAUUAAAAAAGAAGAAAAUUCAAUUAUUUUAAAUGAUAAAAAAAAAGAAUUUAUAACAGAAAUAUAUUACUAUGAAAUUGAUUCUUUAAAUAGUAGUAUAAUAACAAGCAUUAUUAAAUUAAAUAACUUCCUUUUAAUUGGUAAUAACAGUGGUGUAGUAAAGGUAUAUGAUAUCUUUAGUGAAAAUAAUAUAUCAAAUAUACUGUUUUUGAAGCAUUUUACACUUUAUAAAAAUCAAAAAAAAAUAAUAAAUGUUUAUGAUGAAUUUCUUAUAGGUAAUAAUUAUGUUUAUUUUAUUAAUUCUAUUAAAAUAAAUGAAGAAAUUCCUAAAGAGAAAAAAACAAUAUUUAAAAAAAAUUGUUAUACAAUAGCUUUAUGUGAAAAUAAUUUAUUUAUUUUUUUAUCUAAUAAAAUUAAAAAAUUUAAAAAUGAUAAUUAUGAAAAUAUAGAAAAAGGUAAUAAUUAUAUAUAUGAAGUAAAAAGGAGAGUAGAUAAAUAUUUAAUUAAUCUUUUUAAUAUAGAUGAAAAAUAUUUUAAUGUUAUAAAAAAUGAAAGGAUUGGCGAAGAAAAAAUUAAAAGUAAAAAUAUUUUUGUUUUUCCUUUAAUGAUAUUUAAAAAAGAGACAAAAAUAAGAAAAGAUCUAUAUAAUAAUAAUUUUUUAAAAAAUGAAUAUCAUAAUAAUAGUAUAACUAAUAAUAAAAAAAAGGAUGAAAACUACAUGGAGUUACAAAAUUCAUAUAGAGAUAAGUUACCUUUUAAGAAUAAUUAUGAUUUAAAAUCUAAGUUUAAUAUAAGCGAAUUAAAUACUUUAAGGGAUCAAAUUGAUUAUGAUAAAAAUUAUGUUCAUCAUAAUGAUAUAACAGAAAAAUAUUGUAGUAAAUAUAAUUCAAAAAAUGUUUAUUCUUAUAACAACAAUAGUUUUAUUUCAUUUAAUAACAAAAUGUUAAAGAUUAAAAGUAAUAUGAAUGCUAAUAAUAUAGUUCUAAUAAAAAAUUAUAAUCAAAAAAAUAUUGUAUUUUCAAUUAUUACAUCAAUAAAUGGAAAAAUAUAUUUUGGUUUUAUUAAAAAGAAUAUCCUAUCUAAUUAUGACAAAAAUAAAUUUAAAAAUAUAAAUAUUAUAAAAUUUCUAAAAUUAAAUAAUCUUCAUGGUCCUUUUAAGUUUUAUUUAGAAAAUUCUCUAAUCUAUACAAAAAAAAUGAAAAAUAUAAAUAAUAACAAUAAUAUUAAUAAUAAUAAUGAGAUAAGUAAUAGUAGUAUUAAUAAUUCUACCACUGCUGGUAAUAAGAUAAGUAAUCAUAGUAAUAAUAAUUCUAUCACUUCUAGUAAUAAUAAUCCCUUAAAGGAAGAGAGAGAAGGAAAUAAAAAAAAACACAUUGAGUGUCUUAAAAAGAUAAAGGGUAAAAAUAAAAAAAGAAUUGGGAUAUAUUACAACAGUAAUAAUUCUUAUUUUAAAUUACCAAGAAAAAUAAUAAAUAUUUAUAAAAACAAUAAUGUAUCAGAUAUUUUUCAAAUUCAUUUAAAUAGAAAUUAUAUCUUAAAAGAAUUCUUCUUAAUUAAUACACUUAUAGAAAAAAAAGAAAUAAUUGCUACUAUAGAAGAAGAAUUAAAAAAAAAUGAAAAGGAAAAAUAUUUAGAUAAUUUCAUUGAAAAUUUUAUUAAUAAUAAUGAAGAAAAAGGAGACGAAAACAAUAAUUAUUUUUAUGUAAUUAAUCAAUUAUUUUUAAGAGAUUAUAACAUUUUGUCAAAAAAUAAGAAUAUUUUAUAUCUUAUUCUUAAUAAAUGUAAAAACUUUAAUAAUCAUUUUUAUUCUUUUUUAUUUUAUAUUAUUAACAAUAAGAGAUAUCCUUUAAUUGAAUUUUUUCAGAAUAAUUUAAUUAAUAAUAAUAUUGUUGUUAAUAAAUAUAUAUAUAAUACAAGUUAUAUUUUAAAGAUUCAAGAAAAAAUAAGUGAAAUAUUACAUAAAGAUAAGUGUAUCAUGUUUAAAAAGAUAAGAGCAUAUAUAAGAAAAAGAGUAAAUAAUAACAUAAUUAAAAAUUAUUCUUUUAACUUUGGAAAAACUUUAAAAAAUGAAAAUAAAUUAAAGAAAAGAAUAAAUGAUAGUACAGAAAUUAGGAAGGAAAAAGAACAAAAUAUAAAAAAAAAGAAAAAGAAAGAAUAUAUAGAUAAUUUUUAUUGUUUAAAAAAAUUUAAAAAAAAUAAUUGUGAUUAUAAUAAUAACACUUGCAUAGAUAGUACAGAGUCAUAUAAAAGUGUUUGUUUUAAUAACAAUUUAACCUCUUUUAGCAAUAUAUUAAAGUGUAAUAAUGAUAAUCAGAUUUCUAAAAUUGACUAUAUAGAUACUAUUAAUGAAAAAAUAACGAACUAUAAUAAUACAUAUCUUAGUUGCAACAGUGAUGAAAGUUUAGUAAAGUUGUAUAAUAAAUUAAAUGAAGACAUUAAUAACAAUAAUAAAUUAGAUUUAAAAAGUUCUUUAAAUUCUGAUAAAAAUUACAAAAAAAUAUAUAAUACUAAUGAGGAAAAGGAUGAAUCAAAUUAUCAUAUAAGUUUUAUAAUUAUACAUUUAAAAGGAAGUAAGUAUCAUUUUAGUAAUAUAACAGAAUACUAUAAAAUAGCAAACCAAAAAAUUAAAAAAACAAAAAAUACUUUUAAAAAAAGUUUUUUAAAACUUCAUAAUAAAGAAAAAAAUGAAUUUAAUUUAAUAAAACAGAUAAAUAGUGAUAAUAAAUUUAAAGAAUUUAUAAAAAUUCGUAAAAAGGGUAUAAAUAAAAAAGAGAAUUAUAUCCUACUUAAAAAAAAAAAGAAUGAAAAGAGUAAUGUAUUAGUAUCAAUGUUCACACCACAUAUUUUAAAAAAAAAAAAAUUUAAACGAAAUUAUAAAUCAUCAAAAAAUUUCAAUUUAAAAUAUUCAAAUAUUGAAAAUAAUAAAUGUAAUAAUUUAUGUACUUAUGAUUGUCUUUUAAUUUACUUCAAUAACAUAAAUUAUUGUGCUAAAAAAAUAAUAAUUUGUAGGUUAAAAGAGAAAAUUAACAAAAUAUUAAAUUUCUCACAUGAUGAUAUUUUUUUUAUUCUACAUCUAUCAAAUAAUUAUGUGUUUUUAAUAAAUUAUCAUAAAAAAAUUUCCUUUUGGAUAAAUAUAACAUAUCUACAUAGAGAUAUAUUUUUUAUAAAAAAAAUUAAGAAGAGUAAAAAUAUUAAAUUAAAAAAAAAAUACAAUUGUGUAAAACAAAUGUUUAAUUAUUCAAAAAAAGAAAAAAAGAAUAAAAUAAAAACCAAGAAAAAAGAAAUAAUAACAAAGCAAAAAAAAAUAGAUGAAAUAUGUAAAGAAUUACAUGAAAAAAAUAUGGAUGAUAUGAAUAAAAAAGAAAAAGAUUUAAAUAUAAAUUAUAAAGAUAUAAAACAAUCAGAAGAGAAUGAAAAUGAUAAUAUUUUAGUAUUUAAAAAAAUCAAGCGGGAAAAUAUCCUGAAAUUAUUUUUUAAGAACACAAAUUCAGUUCCACUUGCAUACUUAAAUAAAAAUAUGAAAAACAUAAAACCAUUUAUGAAUAAAUAUAUUAUAUUUACUCAAGGUAGUAAUAUCACUCUACUAAAGAUUGUAUUUUCAAAGAAUAACAAAGAAAUAAUAAAUAAUAAAAAUGAUUUUAUAGAAAAUUUUUUACAAUCGUAUGUAUAUAGUGAGAAGGACUCUCAUUAUGUAAGUCAUGAUCAUCAAUUAUUGAAAUUUUCUGACAUAUUUAAAGAAUUAAUAAAAAACAAAAAAAUUAUAAGAAAAAAAAAAAGAGAAAAUUCUAAUCUAAAUGAAAAAGAAUAUUUAGAAAAUUUAAUAAAAGGAAAAAUUAGAUUAAGAAGAGGUAAUAAUACAAAUCGAGAAAAUAAUGAUAACAUAAAUUUAAGUUCUAGUUUUAGUUCUAAUUCAAUAUCAUCAAAUAUUAAUAAUGAUGUAAGUUUUGAUGAAAAAGAAAAAAAUAAGUUAGAAAAAAAUUCUUUAAAAUUAUCAGAUUACAUUUUUGAUGACAUUUUUUAUGAUAAAGAAAAAGAUUUUUUUUAUAAUUUAAAAUAUGAAAUAAUUGAAUAUUAUACCUAUAAGGAAAAUUUAGAACAUAUAAAUGAUCUUAUCAUUUUUGAAAACAAAAUAUUAGUAACAACAGAAAAUUAUAUACAUUUAUAUAUGUAUAAUGAACAUAGAAAUUGUCUUUAUUUGCUUUUCUCAAAUGUUUUUUAUAAUAUUAACAAUAUGAUUAUAAAUGAAAAAUAUAAAAGAUCUUUAGUUUUUCGCAGUAUCUUUGAUAGUAUAAAUGUUAUAUCAAGAAAUAUUUUAUCAGUUUACCAUGUUUUUUGUUAUGAUUUAAUAAAUAUAGGAAAUUUAAAAUUUAGAAAUAAUAUAAAAUUUUUAUUUGAAAAUAAGUUAUUUCAUAAUAUAAUUGGAUAUAAUUUAAAUAUAAACAAGAAUGAAAGUAUGAUUGAAAGUUUAAGAAAAUAUCAUAAAUUUUUUAUAAAUUUUUUUCUUGUGGAUAAAAAAUAUAAUAUAUUUAACAUACAUAGUAUAGUUCUUAAAGAAAAGAAAGAAAAUUAUUUUUAUGAUGAUAACAGACAUAUGGAAAUAUGUUAUGAUUUAAUGUUAUUUUUUCAAAUAUUAAUAAAUGGAAAAAAAAAUCAAGAAAAUAUAUUAAAUAAAACUUUUUUAUACAAAAAAAAAUAUAGAGAUAUAAAAAAACUGAAAAUGAUGAAAAAAUAUUAUUUUUUUAAUCAAUAUUUUAUGAAAAAGAAAUAUAGAUUAUUUUUACAUAUUUUUCUUCAUAGAAUAUUUAUUUACUUAAAUAAAAAAAUUAUAUUUUUAAAAAAAGUAUCUAACAGAAAAUUAACGAGUGAAUUUUUAUUAGAGCUAAAAUUAAAAGUAUUUAACAGACUUUUGAAAUUAAGUUCUUAUGAUUUUUCCGAUAGAAAAAAUGCAUUUGAUUUAUUAAAUGAUAUAUAUGAACAAAAAGUGAAUAAAAAUGUCCAUUAUUUUUGUCUUAUUAAUAUGAUAAAUGAUUAUAAAGAUAUAAUUAAAAGUCAACUUUAUAAUAUGCAUUUUACUCCCAUAAACGAAAAAUAUAGUCUAAAUAAAAACAAAGAAUGUGUUGACAUUAAUUUUGAUACACAUACUAAUUUAAUUUAUGAUAUGAAAGAUGUUGAUAAUUUAAAUAAUUUAGUUAAACAUAAAUAUAUUUUAAAAAGUUUCGAAAAUACAAAUUUAUUAGAAAAAACCAUAUUACGAAAAAUAGAAGAAAUGAAUAAAUAUCGUAUUAAUGAUAUAAAGGAUUAUAAAGAUAUCAUAAAAAAUAGUAUAAAAGAUAACGUAUACUAUAAUAUUGAUUUUUAUCACCUGAUAGACAGCUCUUCUAAUAAAUAUAAUUCUUUUAAAAAACAAAGUCAAAUGGAAUACAUUAAUUUAUUAAAUAAUAAUGUAAUUAAUAACUCGCUUUAUACUAUAUAUUUUAACUUUUUCAUUUAUAUAUCAAACAACCCUAAAAUUCUUUUCCAUAUUAAAAAAUACUUACAUUUUCAUACGUUUUCAACAAAAUUAUUAAAAAAUAAAACUUAUUACUUUAAUAUGGAUUUAUUAAAUAUUAUUUUUAACUUUGAUAACGAUGCAUUGAAUGAAUUAAAAAUUAUUUUAAGCUUAUUUCCUUCAAGUCCCUCAAUUGAAGAAGUUUUUAAUUCUGUUAACUUGCUAUCUAUGCCUUUUAGUAAUUUAUAA